CAACACUAAUGUCAGUUGUCAGUUUUACACGUUGAAGAUUUCUUAUCUGCUGAAAGUUACAAGUUAGCGUAGAUCGAAACCACGAAUUUGUAUCCUGCAUAACGAUAAUAUUUUCCCAUUAUCCACACUUUCCCCUUUUCAAGAACGGACAAGAUGUGGGUGAACGUUGAUACCUUCCUGGCAGUUGCCCUUUGUGGGAUCAUCCUUGUCUGUGGAUCACCCACGGAAAAUCCUGAUACCGGUGCACCACCGACCUCUCGCUAUGGAACAUUUGCGAGGUAUCCGCCGAGUGACAAUACAAUGAACGAACCGAGCCCAUCACCGAUUGAUCCCAUCCCAACCACCUCCGGUGACAGACCCGUUGCAACUCACCAGCCGGCAGCGGAAAAACAGGAUGGAUGGAAGAUGGCGAACAGUCCUAUCGAGUCGGCCAUAACGGAGAUUAUUGCAACCACCGCGGCCAGGCCUGGCGACCUUAUGGGCGAGGCCGCUCCCGAUCCUUCUCCCUCACCCCUCGCAGCGCAACGACAUACGAGUCGACAGAUACCGACCACUGACAUCCCGGCACAUACAGCUGCGCACCGGGAAAUCCCGACCACGAAAAAGUCAACGAGUCCAGUCAGCAAAACCGUCUCUGGGGUUGACAUAUUCGCGCCUUUCCGCUCGUUAUUCAUGUCCGCGCCACUAGUACUGCCUGCCAACCCCGAUGCGGCCACAAGCGAACCGGCGUUUUCUCCGAUCGUGCGGUUUCUCGGCGUCAGCUACGAUAUAAUGCACGCCAACCCCUUCUCGAUGUACUCGGAUCCGGGAUUGACCAAGAACAGCAUAACAUUCACUAAUAACCUGCUGCAACUCACGUACCCGGAGAACGCUACCUGUCCGCUGUAUGCUGCGUGCGCGCAGAUCAACGGGAAGAAGAAAGUCAACCACGUGACGAUCCCGGUGCCCACCUUUGCCGAUUAUCAGCGAUACGUCAAAACCACCUUGGGAUUAGCGCUAUGGAUGCCGAGCGACGUGACGAAAGGUCUUGGGUUGCUUACUUCGGAGCUGGACGGUGUGCGCCUCCAUUUGACUGAAGGCCUGCUUUUUGUGGAUUUUCUUACCGUGUCCAUUCUAAAAGAAGCCAAGUUGAACUAGAACAUCCUCAAACAGGUCCCACUAACGGAAGAGU